AUGUCAGAAAUUCUCCCUGAAGAAUUAUCCGUUGAGAUACUCGCGAGGCUGUCGAUGAAGAAUCUGGCUCGAUUCAGAUGCGUCUGCAAGACAUGGAGAGACCUUAUCAACCAACGUGGCUUCGCUGAAAGGUACCGAGACAUUUCUCCGGCCAAGUUCGUGUCGUUUCACGACAAGGGUUUCUACUUGCUUGACGUGGAAGGCAAGAGUCCAGGUAUUACAACACAUGGUAAGCUUGAUUUCUCUUUAGACCAGUCCAUGAUCGACGAAUCCACAUGUGUGCUUCAUUGUGAUGGGACGUUAUGUGUGACUCUAAAGAAUCACACUUUAAUGGUUUGGAAUCCAUCUUCGAAGCAUUUCAAGAUCCUACCAAAUCCCGGUAUAUACCGAGAUUCAAACAUCCUCGGUUUCGGUUAUGAUCUGGUUUCCAAUGAUUACAAAGUCGUAACGUUUAUUGACCGGGUAGAUUCCUCCACGGCGCAGGUUUUCGAAUUCAAAACCGGUUCUUGGAGAGAGAGCUUACGGAUUCCUUAUCCUGAUUGGCAUUACAGAGAGAGAAGAGGUAUAUUCGUUGAUCAACACCUCUAUUGGAUUGCGUACCGGUCUAAUGUUGACCGGUUUAUCCUUAGCUUCAACCUCUCAACUCACGAAUACCGGAAAUUUCCUCUUCCGGUUUACAGCCAAGGCAUGGCGUGUUCUUGGUUAGGCGUUACAAGCCAAAAACUUUGCAAUACAGAGUAUGAACCGUGCGAGAAGGAGAUUCGGAUUUCGGUUAUGGAGGAAACCGGAUCAUGGAACAAAGUUAUAAGCCUUUCAUUGUCGAAUCUGAUCUCUGUACAAGAUCGGCUCUGGGAUUAUCAAGUGGAGUUCGUGUCGUUUACGAAAAAGAACGAUCUACUCGUAAAAUUCACAGGGUAUUACGAUAAUCUCAAGACGGGAGAUGAAGAACUUGCGAAGGAGAAGGUGUUCUUAUACAAAACCGGAGCCAAGACUUUUGAACAAGUCCGGUUCUGUAACUCUUUAUCCGGCGUUCAGUUUCUCGGUGAAUAUGUGGAGACUCCUGUGAUUAAUAACCUCAUAUUUACUUGA